AGCCCCUGACAGCUCGGCAGGUCAUUCGCUUCCACCACUCGGAGGCCCCGCCCCCUCAGGUCUCCCCUGGCAACCGCCUCCAUCAGGCUUCACCUCCCGAGUUUUUCACUCUGCUAUUGGGCCGGGUGUCCCAGCGUGCAAUGCGCGGGCGGGAGGUUCGGAGUCAUUUAGUGCUUCUGGGACAUGAAGAUUAGGCUGCCUUGGAGAACUGUUUUUUCCUUCUGACCGUUGCGGAUACUUUGGAUGAGCGAUUUGUGAGCUUUUUUUCUCUCAUCGUGCAGCCUGUACAAACUGUUUUCAGUAAGCAGGGCCCAAGUGCCUUGUCUGUGGGGAGCAACCGAAUUCAGCAAUCAACAUAUUUAGGGAAGUCUGAGUUUCAAGACAAGUAAACCAUUGAUUAACUGCAUCUCAUCCUAAAGAAGCUAAUAUAAACCCAAAUUAGAUUUAGUAGAUUUGUAACAGAGAGGGAAGUAGAACUCAUAAGAAAUUUCCUGAACCAGAAAGAUAUCUGAAGUCAUUUUUUUUUCAGUGUUCUCGGGGUCUCCCCAGUUUUCUGGAAGAGUUCCUGCCUUCUACCCUGCUGAGGCAGAGUCCAGUUUCUGCUGCUGCUUUGCACACUCCAGGCUUAGAUGGCCUGGGGGCUUUCAGGAGGUUCUCCUGCUUCUGCUUCCCAUCUCAACAAAGGAAUGCUGGGAUGACAAGGCAUACCACUGCAUCAGGCUGCUUUUUACUUGGUGAAGUCUGGUCAUCCUGCUUAUAUACCUUCCUGAUGGAAGGUACUUUUAAUAGAACUUGAAAAUGCAGCUUGCCAUGCUGAUAGCACAUUCAGGUAUCUUUUCUGACUUAGUUAUUCACAGUCUUAGAGUUAUUUAAGGAAGUAUGGCGUUGUCACCAGGUGCAUGAUUCGUACCUGUAAUCCCAGCACGCCAGAGACAGAGGCAGAGGAAUUAUGAGGGCAGGGACAGCAAGGGUCUUUUAUAUAGCAAGGCCUUCUUUCCAUAGAACGUUGUCACAAUUGUGUAAGAAGUUUUGAUAUAUUGACUUCAAAUGAAAUGUAUGAUGACCUCUGUGAUAAUUUUCUAACAAAGUAUGUUUUCUACUCUCUGCCUGUUCCAUUGAGUCCUUCUUUUUUCCCCCUUAGGAUUAAAGGCCUCAACUGGAAUCCAUUUGCAUUUGGAACUGGAUCAACACAGAGACUUGAUGUAUUAGAAUGGCUGGCAAACAAGCAAUGCCACUUAAUGAGCAAGCAAAAUUCUUGUGUUAUAAUGGGGAAAUCCUUGUGUUUCAUUUGUCCAAAGGAGAUUGUGAAGUGCCCACAGAUACAUCUGUAUUAUAUGUCAAAAGGAUGGUAUUUGACAGAGAAACAGAAACAUUUGUUCUGAUAUCCACGGGUUUUUUAAACAUUCAGGAGAAAGCUUCUCAUUUAAAAAUUCUGUGUUGUAAAUGUGUGUCAGAUUUCAGAACUAGAGUUAACCUCCCUUGCAUUUUGAUACAAUACACAAAAUACAGUAGUAGUGCUUUCAAAUAUUAUAUACUGUUUCUUCACAAUCCAAACAAAUUUGAAAAGCAUUUGAGUUUUAAACUUCACCAUGCAUUGGAUGACAGCUUACAGAUCUUUGAUGGCCCUGUAGUUUUUUGGCGAUAUCUUGACAAAUUCUUCUAUAUAUCGUCCCAAAUUGGGAAAGUUACUAAUAUAUCAGUUAAACUUUCCUCUAUUGAGUGGGUAGGUGAGAUCGAAAAUUUUGGGGUAGUAUUUUUGGGUCUAGCAGAACCACCUGAGGCUAAAUGUACCCAUAAGCUUUCAGAAUCAGAUUAUGAAUUUUCCAAUUCCAACCUUUGUGCAUAUGUUCUUAAAAGUCAAGAAAUAUUAAGCAAUAGCUACCUUAUCCCUCUUGCUUACAGUAGUGUAGUAACUCAUGUGCAUGUCUGUGCAGCUGAGAUGGUCGACAAACAGUUAAGAAUGUCUCUGAUUGCCCUUACAAAAAAGAAUCAGCUCGUUUUGUUCCAAAAUGGCGUUCCUGUAAGAGUAUGCCAGCUUCCAUUUCUAGAUCCUUGUUCCGUUCAAAUUCUAGAUUCAGGUAAAGGAAACCGAUUUUUCAUCGUGUCAUUCAACUCCAAGGCUUGUGCUGUUUCAGAAAAGAAAUUUAAGGUUGUUGCUAAGUGGGAACAACUUAGCUUAGUCCUGAUAAAUGACUUUGUUGGAGUUGGAACUGAACAAGUACUGGUCAUUUUUGAGGAUGCUCAGAACACAGAUCAGCUGACUUCAUUUGCAAUAACAGAUUUUGUCAGAAUAAGCUAUUCAACUAAACCACUGGAUUGCAGUGAAGACUCUUUUGCUGAAGAGGAACAUGAAAAUUAUUGUUUGGUGCUUCCAGCACUGGAAGCACAAUUAGAAGCUUCAUUUGUUUUUCUUAACAAAUUACAGAAACAUAUCUCACUUAAGGAUAAAUUUAUUGCAAACUCUUGGAAGGCUCUUUUAAACUCAAUUUACGGGAAAGUUGAUAGUACGUCAAGUGAUGAGGAGGACUGCCUUGUUCCGUUCUGUGAUGAAGAUGAAAACAGUGUCCAUAUUCCUGAGGGGAAGUCAUCAGAGACUUUUCAAGAGCCAGAACAUAUUGUAGAGCAGACAUGGUGUCGUGUACUAGACGAUGACUUAGUUGUUGGAAUGAAAGUCACAUCUUCGAAACUAUCUCCUAAUGAAAUGACGUUAUCACUGAUAAUGGAUCAAGGCAACAGGUCCAGCUUUCAGCUUAUGAAGUGUCAAAGUCAGGUGACUAGGUUGAGUAUGAGUUCUCACCCAGAAGCAUACUUGAUGCCAGUGGAAACAGGAGCAAAGAGAAAAAGGGACAAGUUGACCUCUGGGAGCAAGGAUGAGGAAACGUCUUUUUGUGAACAAUUCUCUAAGACAGAACCUACACACAUAAUGACUGCUGUCACGCCUCUUUCACCACUUCUAGUAUUUAACAAGUUGUGCUGCACUUUACUGUUAAACAUUAGUGACAGAGAUAAUGAUAACAAUACUGUGCAUGAUUAUAUUGUAUGUGGCAACCUUGAUUUUAAUCUCCAAGAUCUUUUUAGUAUGAACCACCUACUGGCGUUCCCGACGAAGCAAUCAAUAGAAUGUAUGGAAGAUCUUUUCUCACUUCUUGCCGUAUUGCACAAAUACUGUUUUCUUGUCACAUCACCUGCCCAUGCCCCGAAUCUAAUGAAGAUGUGGCUCUUGAAACACAUGAAAUGUGAAAUCAUCAAUGACUUUAGAGAAAUAUACCUUUAUAAAAAGCUACGAAGUUGUGGGGCACUCUUCUCUUGGAAGCCAAGAACAACAUUUGAAGGAAUUUUAACAGUGUACUGCAGGAACCAAGGAGUUUUAUUCCAGUGUCUUGACCAUCUCUUCAAAGUGCUCCCUGAAAAAUGUUUCUUCCAAUACCUGGCAUUAGGAACUGAGGAUGUCCUAAUGAAUCAUUUGUCAUCCACUUUGGAGCAGGAACUAGUUACCUUUUGUUCUCUUUCUACUUCUGCCUUUGAAUAUGUUAGAGACGGAUUGGUGCAUCCGUAUAAGAUAAGCAAAACAAGUAAUAGUGCCACAAGUGCUUCAGCGGCAAAGGCCAAAAUCCAUCUGCACGAACAAGAAGUACAGGGAGAAAGACUGAUACAGGACUUGAAUCUGAAAGUGAAUGGUGCCAGCUAUGCGGAGAUGACUUUGGCAUUAGCUGAGACGCAAUUGAAAUCAGACCUUAUUGCAGAGAAACUGGCCAAUUUGUAAUGAUACUUUCAAAAUCUUGUUUUAAAAUGUUUCAACUGUCGUAAAGUGUUGGUUUCACUUGUUAUCCUUUGUUAAUAUAAAGAUUAAAACUUACUAUAAUCCCUA